AACAGUUAGCGGACGGUUCGUUUCAUCUCGCUAGAAAAAGGGAAUUCCUGCGCAUGUCCUAUUUUUCGUUUUUUAUCUUCGCAGAUUGGAUAGUGCUAUUAUUCUCAACACGUCUCCGUGGGGAUGAAAUUUCGAUCUCAGACUCAAACUUGUGAGGAAUAACAUCUGAUGACAUCUUCCGGACGGACGACCCCGAUCUCAGACGCCUGUCGGGUAGGACGGUUGUGCCAUUCAAUUCGUGGUGCCAAUUUGAAAGUGGGCACAGUUAAUUUAUAUCGUUUUUAGCUUAUAGAGCUGAUGUCUGCUAGUUUAGUGGGUGUGUUUGUGUGUGUUAGUUGUUUGCGACAUUGUGGGCGUAUGAAGUGAAACGGAAGCUGCACAGGAUGCAAGCACCGGAGAGAAAGUGCUAAAAUUAGUGCAUUGAUAACUCUACUCUACUGGAUAAAAUGUGUGAAGUCUAGUGCUUGUCAGUGUCAAAUUUUUGGAGUUUAAUCAUCAGUGUCACUUCGUCAAAUAGUAAAAUUUAUUUACAGAUUGUUAAAGGAAUAGUAAAUUCCAGGGAAUUGCAGAAAACAUAAUUCAAACGCAAACGUGCCUACACAUAAUUUAAUAUGCGGCGAGACGAAAGUUACAGACGGAUAACACGCGAAAAGGUGGUUGUAAGGGGAAAUACCACCAUUCGGACGCUGGAUUCUACCGUGUCGUUUUUGCCCAUAGUUGAAUCCUCUCAACCUUCCACGUCCAGCUUUCAACACAUGGCCCGGAUGAUGGACACACUUAUACUGGACAAUUUAGCACCAUUUGCAUUCACUAAAAUUACCACCACUCAUCGGCCGUCAAGGAUCGCUGCAACGAACCUCGGUCCGACAAAUGGAUCGUCAGGAAGUUCCGGCGCUGGCUGUGGCUUGAGCGGCGUUCCUGGUAUGGGCGUUGGGGUGAAGAAAGCAACCAGCACCUCCAAUGUGGCGGCAAGCUGUGCCGCGGGGGAAAGCCUCGGGAGCUCGUCGAUCCGUGUCAACCUGCAGAAGAAUAAAAUACCCACGCAAGAGGUUCAUCCCAAUCCACGCCACGCCAGUAUGGUGGCCGCCAACGCAGCCUCGCCGCCGACCGCAACCGAUUCCCGUUGGAUUUCCUCCCUGCGACGUCGAGAUCCGGAGCUACAGCCAACGUUGCCUUCAAUCAAUCAUUCCAACCACCAGAGUACCUCGUCACUGACGCACCAGACCAGUGUCGGCUAUGCCAGCUCAACUAACACUCCAACCGAACGACGUAGCAGUAGGAACAGUGGACAGAAAUCCUCACUUCGGAAGAGUCGUUCAGUGGAACGAAUCCGGGCUCGCAAGUUGGCCACGUCGAAAAUCAAGGAGCGACCAAAAAAGUCUUCGUCCGAAGAGGGUGGAGGUUCGGACGAUCAGGAGGUCACUUCGGUGGAGGAGAAUUCACCACAACAGCAGCAAUCACCAGUUAAAAGAAUGGAUAAACCAAAAAUGUUCAGCUCAAUCGGAUACGAAUCCCACCUGGUAGAUACGUUGGAGAAGGACAUGCUUCAGAAGAACCCCAACGUGCAGUGGAAUGAUGUCGCAGGGUUGAACGAUACUAAAGCUGUCUUGCAGGAGGCAGUAGUUCUUCCGGUCAUUUUGCCCGAUUUCUUUCGCGGCAUUCGGCGACCAUGGAAAGGUGUCCUAAUGGUGGGGCCACCGGGAACCGGCAAAACAAUGCUCGCGAAAGCCGUCGCCACCGAGUGUGGCACCACCUUCUUCAAUGUGUCUUCGAGUACGUUGACUUCCAAAUACCGUGGGGAAAGUGAGAAGCUGGUACGGUUACUAUUCGAAAUGGCCCGGUUCUACGCGCCCAGUACGAUCUUCAUUGACGAAAUCGAUUCCUUGUGCGCUUGCCGGGGAAGUGAUUCGGAACACGAAGCCAGUCGCCGGUUUAAGGCCGAGUUGCUCAUACAGAUGGAUGGUUUGAAUGCCUCAAACGAUGAAAAAAUAAUAAUGGUGUUGGCAGCGACUAAUCAUCCAUGGGAUAUUGACGAAGCCUUUCGCAGACGGUUUGAAAAACGCGUCUACAUUGGUCUUCCGAACGACAACACCAGGAAAGCACUGAUGAAAUUGUGCUUGAAAGGUGUGAAUGUAUCAUCCGACCUUGAUGUGGAAGCUAUAGCAGAACAACUUCGAGGCUACACUGGAUCUGAUAUUGCAAACGUUUGUCGGGAUGCCGCCAUGAUGGCUAUGAGACGACACAUCAACGGAUUGACGCCUAUGGAAAUAAAGAUGAUUCGACGGGAGCAGGUCGAUCUGCCGGUGACGGCACAGGACUUCCAGGACGCAAUGGUGAAGACUCGAAAAUCGGUGUCCGCCAACGAUGUGGCACGCUAUGAAACAUGGAUGGAUGAGUACGGAUCCUGCUAGUGCUACAUCUAAGCUCAAAACGGAAGUCUGAUGGCUGGAUUCUAAAUGAAUUGCGAUUACUAUUCUCAUUACAACCUUUGCAUACUCCGUAACACCGCAAAUGAUGAUCUCAUACUAGAUAAUACAUUUCUCAAUGCCACAGUGUUCAUUUACAUUCCAAAAGUGUAUUGUUAAGUUAUUUCGUUAAAUCGAAACAGAAACUAAUAGCUGUUACCUUUUACGAUUGAUUUGUUCGAUGGGUUAGAAAUGAUUGGUGUGUUCCGGAUAAUGAAGAGAAGAAUUUGCUUCACUUUUAAACACUGCAGGAGAAGUAAAGUAAACUUAUAUAGUAAACUUAAUCCCUGCUGAUUCUUCGAUCUGCUCAUGUUAGUCUAUGGAUGAUCAUCAGGAAUCUAUUUGAAUCAGUUAAAAUGCAAGCUUUGUGACGUUGGCUAAGAUUUCUUUCCAAUGUUAUAAAUAAAGGAAUCACUGAUACAA